AUGCCUGAAGCAAUGACCAAAAAAUGGCCAGAAAAUCUCAUACAAAAUGCCCUCUUAGAAAUAAAAUUGCAAAGGGGAAUAGUACUCCCUCUAAUGGCUAUGAACUUCACAUGGUUUGCAAAAACAGCCAUCACAACUGCGUUCCUCGGUAGGCUUGGAGAGCUUUCUUUAGCAGGAGCCACGUUAGGUUUUACGUUCGCGAACAUGACUGGAGUCUUGAAUGGCCUAAGUGGUGCUAUGGAGCCUAUUUGUGGACAAGCAUUUGGAGCCAAGAAUCAUAAGUUACUUCACAAGACCCUUGUUAUGGCUACUUCUUUGUUACUAUUUGUCUCAAUUCCUAUUUCUUUCUUGUGGCUUAAUGUUGACAAAAUUCUCAUUAAAUUUGGCCAGCAAGAAGACAUUUCUAUGGUAGCUAAAAAGUAUCUUAUUUAUCUCCUCCCUGAUUUGGUGAUCACUUCAUUUUUGUGUCCAUUGAAAGCAUAUUUAAGCACACAAAAUAUUACAAUCCCAAUUAUGUUAACCUCAGCUCUGGCUGUUGCUCUGCAUAUACCGAUAAACGUGCUACUUUCAAUGACUAACGGACUAGAAGGAAUUUCCAUGGCAUAUUGGAUAACAGACUUAUUGAUCACGAUUCUUUUAGCUAUUUAUGUUGUGAUAGCGGAGAAUAAAAAGAGCGGAAAGUGGAACGCAGGAGGCUGGUGGGAACAGGGGAUUUAUGAUUGGAUCAGAUUGCUAAAACUAUGUGGACCAUGUUGCCUUACAACUUGCCUUGAAUGGUGGUGCUACGAGAUUUUAGUUUUGCUAACAGGGCGUCUCGAGAAUGCUAAACAAGCAGUUGGGGUUAUAGCAAUUGUGUUGAACUUUGAUUAUUUGGUCUUUUCAGUGAUGCUCUCACUCGCCACAUGUGCAUCCAUUCGCGUGUCCAAUGAGCUGGGGGCAGAUAGUCCGGGCCCUGCUUACAAGGCAGCAUAUGUGUCAUUAGGGUUAAGUAUAGUCGUUGGUUUUCUCGGUGGCUCUGUAAUGGCAGCAGCAAGAGGAAUUUGGGGGCCUUUGUUUAGCCAUGACAAAGGGAUAAUUAGACGUGUGAAGAGGAUUAUGGUGUUAAUGGUGUUUACCCCCGAUUUGGUAACCAAUUGA